GGGGCGGGGCGGGGGCGCCGCUGGAGAAAGAUGGCAAGGUCUCUCAUCCAAGCGUGCCGCAGUCUGGCUCUCUCAACAUGGCUGCUUUCCUUUUGUUUCGUACAUCUGCUCUGCCUGGACUUCACCGUGGCCGAGAAAGAGGAAUGGUACACCGCUUUCGUGAACAUCACCUACGCAGAGCCGGUGCCGGACUCUGGGGCUGGGGCGGUAGGCAGUGGUGGCGGCGGCGGCGGUGGUGGCGGCAGCGGAGCCGGAGCCGAGCUGCACACGGAGAAGACCGAGUGCGGGCGCUACGGGGAGCACUCGCCCAAGCAGGACGCCCGCGGGGAGGUGGUCAUGGCCAGCUCAGCCCACGACCGCCUGGCGUGCGACCCCAACACCAAGUUCGCGGUGCCGACACACGGCAAGAACUGGAUAGCCCUCAUCCCCAAGGGCAACUGCACCUACAGAGAUAAGAUCCGGAACGCGUUCCUGCAGAACGCCUCCGCCGUGGUCAUCUUCAACGUGGGCUCCAACACCAACGAGACCAUCACCAUGCCCCACGCAGGUGUAGAAGACAUAGUGGCCAUAAUGAUUCCUGAACCAAAAGGGAAGGAGAUUGUGAGCUUGCUGGAGAGAAACAUCACUGUGACCAUGUCCAUCACCAUUGGGACCCGGAACCUGCAGAAAUACGUGAGCCGCACCUCAGUUGUGUUCGUCUCCAUCUCCUUCAUUGUCCUGAUGAUCAUCUCCCUCGCAUGGCUGGUCUUUUAUUACAUCCAGAGGUUUCGAUAUGCAAAUGCCAGGGACAGGAACCAGCGUCGACUGGGAGAUGCAGCCAAGAAAGCCAUCAGCAAGCUCCAGAUCAGGACCAUCAAGAAGGGUGACAAGGAAACAGAGCCCGAUUUUGACAACUGUGCAGUUUGUAUUGAAGGUUACAAGCCCAAUGACGUGGUCAGGAUCCUGCCCUGCCGGCAUCUUUUCCACAAGUCCUGUGUUGAUCCCUGGCUUCUAGACCAUCGCACCUGUCCCAUGUGCAAGAUGAACAUUCUUAAAGCCCUAGGGAUCCCGCCCAAUGCCGACUGCAUGGAUGACUUACCCACAGACUUCGAGGGCUCUUUGGGAGGUCCACCAACCAAUCAGAUCACAGGAGCAAGCGACACGACAGUGAAUGAAAGUUCAGUCACUUUAGAUCCUGCUGUCCGGACUGUGGGUGCCCUGCAGGUGGUUCAGGAUGCAGACCCCACCCCCCAGGAUGGAGAAAUCAUCUUUACCACCAACAGUGAGCAGGAGCCGGCUGUCAGCAGUGACUCUGACAUCUCUUUGAUUAUGGCAAUGGAAGUUGGACUGUCUGAUGUAGAACUUUCCACUGACCAAGACUGCGAAGAGGUGAAAUCCUGAAAUGGCAAAUACGGAAGACAGAGAUCAAGGGGCCCAUGGGGAGGGCAUGGAGGAGUGCGCCAAGACUUGAAGAGGCCCACACGCCUCCAGAACACCUGGCCAACUCCAGGGCACUUCCUGCAAGAAUGGAAAUGAAAAGCAAUAUCCAAAGUCACAUAAACCAAGAUGCAUGUGUGCAUCUCUUUGACAGCCCAUGGCCUUGACAGGUUAGAAUUUGAAAGGAUUCCCCCUCAUUUCCUUGUAGACAUACACUUCCAAAGCUCCUAAAACAGACGCUUGAAAGGACACCGUGAGAGUUUCUAGGCUUCCUUGUAACUUUUUCCAGAUUGAUAUUAUCAUCCUUGUUUUAGGAAUAUAUGUGUUGUUUAGUUUC